AUGAUUCUGAGUCGGGCUUAUUUUUUCCUUUUAAGUUUUACUAAUUGUUUUUUUUUCAAAGUUUCUUGCGCUUCAUCUGAGUUCAGCUUGGAUGGCGAUUACUUAUUGGGUGGCCUUUUUCCAGUACAUGAAGUUGAAUUGGCGCCAUCCAUGUUCUCCCCAGCAGCCAUUGAAUGUAAAGGGCAUGUUUUCACAAAAUCUGCCUAUCAGAUGCUCCAUGUAAUGAGGUUUGCUAUUGAGGAGAUUAAUAACUCUACCUCCCUGCUGCCCAAUGUUUCUCUGGGCUAUGAAAUUUUUGACCAUUGUUCUGACACUAAGAACUUCCCAUCAGUCUUCAGUUUUAUCUCACAGAAUGGAUCAAUAAAACCUCAAGAAAAACUCAACAGCCAUCAUCCUAAAGUGAUUGCCUUGACAGGACCAUAUGGAAGCACAAGAACUAUUACUAUUUCACCAUUGGUCACAAUGGACCUUAUACCAUGGGUGAACUACGGAGCUUCUAGUUAUGCCUUGAGUAAUAAACUUAAGUAUCCAUCUUAUAUAAGAGCAGUCCCUAGCAACAAAGACAUGAUAGAGAUGAUUAUUCACAUUAUACAGUGGUAUGGAUGGAACUGGGUUGCCUUUCUUGGAGGUCCAGACAAUUACAGUGAAGAUGGUCUAAGACUGUUUUACAAGUAUACUAGCAAUACUGGCAUUUGCUUGGCCUAUCAAGAGACUCUUCACAUACGAGGAAACUACAAUCAAACACUUAAAAAUAUCAAUAUGCUAAACAUUAAUGUCAUUGUGGUGUUCGCUGUGCCAAUAUAUGCAGAAAACAUAGUGAGAGCUGCCAUUGCAAACAACAUCCGAGACAAAGUUUGGAUUGCAAGUGAAACAUGGUCAAUGAAUCAGCAGCUUCCAAGAGAGCGGGGAGUUGAGAAAAUUGGUACAGUUAUUGGCAUUACAGAGCGAUUAUUGUCAUUACCUGGAUUUGAUGAGUUCGUUUAUAAAUUCAAGGAAACACCUAAUGAAGAUAAUAAUAGUAAUGUUGAGAGUGAUGUCCAGAAUGAGAUAUGCAAUCAAGAAUGUAAGGAAAAUGCAUUGUUGACUGCAGAGGACAUUAUAAAUGAAAAUCCUUCAUUUUCCUUUGCCAUCUAUGCUGCCAUGUAUUCAAUAGCUCACGCUUUACAUAAAGUUCUUCAGUGCAACAUGAAUGGAUGCCACAAAAACACAACAGUAAAGCCAUACAUGAUUAUAAAAGAAAUUAAAAACUUGGAUUUUCCACUCAAUGGGCGUCAAGUGAAAUAUGAUGUCAAUGGUGACCCAACCAUCAGUUAUGCAGCUGUGCUCUGGCACACUGAAACAAAUUCUCCUUUGUUUGAGAUAGUGGGCACUUAUGAUACAUAUCCAGAAGUUGUCUUCACCCUUGACAACUCUCUCAUGCCCUGGCGUAACAACACAUCUGUUCCUUUCUCAAACUGCUCUAUUGAGUGUAGGGAGGGAUAUUCGAGGGAGCAUGAAGGAUUUCAUGCUUGCUGUUUCCGGUGUAAAAAAUGCCCACAAAACACCUAUGUGGAUUAUUCUCGUGACCCUUAUACGUGUUAUCCAUGUGCAGAGAGCGAAUGGUCUGAUGAGGGCAGCACGACUUAUUGUUUGCGUCUUCAAAAUGGCCGCCGAGUUCCCUAAAUUACACAGCUUGUGGGUAAAGCACAACGGCCAGUGGCUCUUCAUUUUGUUUUCUUCUUUUCUUCAUUUUAUU